UCGUUUACACUGAAAUCCUAUUGGGACCUUCAGGCGGAACUCUUCACCCAGUCGCUGUUUCCACCGGGCGGAGUGGACGGACAGAAGUGGUGUGUUUUUAGCGAUGGGGUGUUUUUCGAGAAAAAAGGGAAAAUUCGGAUCAAAUUGCAGCUUGUUUUAAACCAAUUCAACACAGGAUGCACGCUCACAACGCGAUGAAAGCUCAGACAAGACUCUAGCACUGGAAAGAAAUAUUUGAUUCUGAGCACAAUGCAUGACCUGAACAGCAUGGCGCUGCAGUGUUCAGUUUGCCUAAAAAAGUUUGAUUUUUAUUCAAAACUACGGCGCCAUCAACUGACCCAUUCUGGACAGAGACCCUUUACAUGUUCUAUUUGCAACAAAGGCUUCCGUCAGACUGCCCAUUUGAAGAGACAUCUGGAGAGCCACGCAAAGCCGAGACCUAACUGGGUCUUGGGUGCAGCUGAUUCCGAGUUACAAUACAAGAACACAGAGGAGAGCAGUACUGUACCUCAUGCGAGAGCUCAGCCAAGUAUUUUGGAGCAAACUGAGAUGCCGUCUGCUUCUGAGUUGGUUAAUCACAGUGUGUGGUACAAUGCCCUGCAGACACAAAAUGAAAGUGAAUGGAAAUAUGUUGAGGACGAUUGCACAAAGGAGCAGGAACUGGUUGAGAAUUCAAUGAGAAAUAGUGCAGACUCUUUUAUAGUAACCAACUCUUUACAGGAGCAAAACCACACUGAGGACUAUGUUGCUAAAAAACAGACAUGUGACACUGUACAUUGGAAUUACAGUGGAUUUGCCGAAAAAGAAAAUGACUGUCAAAAUGAACAGUACUCAGAAUGCAGAAUGCUCAAACCUGAGCCUGAGACAAGUCUAGAAAAGCAAGAACAAUUAGGGUUAUAUGAUAGUCGUGAGGAUUUACAAACGGACAUUGGGAUAUCAGACAGCUCUUACUCAGGUAUUGCUCAAGUAUCACUGGAAACCAUGGAGAAAACGCCAAAGCAGCACCAGUGUGCCACUUGCUUAAAGUGCUUUAAUGCUCCCUCUAAACUUCGCAGGCACGUUUUAAUUCAUACCAGCGAGAGGCCUUUUGGCUGCCAACUUUGCAGCAAGGCUUUUCGCCAGCUUGCGCACUUGAAAAUUCACUUGACCACUCAUUUUACACAGAGAAAGAAUAGGGCAAAAUUCAAACCGCUAAAUGUUUCCAGUGGGAAAGCCCCUCAGAGCCGUGGUCACCAGCUCAAUUCCAGCGUAAAAAUAAGUGCCUGCUCCUCCAUGCCUUUGGCAGGAGAGACAGGAGAAAAAAUACCCUUCCAAGAAACCUUUGUCACUAAGAAAUCAGAGGAAAACUGCAUUAGAGGAGAGUUAUUACCUAAAGAUAGUGUCACAGUGAAGUUGAAUAGUGAAACCUUAAUGAGAGGUAAAGUAAUGCAUGAAUGCCCAGUGUGCUUCAAAUGUUUCAGUGCUCCAUCCAAGCUAAGAAGGCAUUGCCUUAUUCACACAGGCCAGAGACCCUUUCAGUGUUCUUUAUGCUACCGAUCUUUUAGACAGUUGUCUCAUCUGAAAGUACAUUACAGCGUUCACACUGCUCCUAGGAAAAAAAGGACUUUGCCGCUUCAGCUUCACAAAGCGGGCAAUCAGCCUCAUUCCUCAAAGACCAGGCUAAGACGCUUUGUGAGCAGCCUUAACAGGAAAUUCAGAUCAGUAAAUCACCAACAGAAACAAGUCAGCUUGAAGGAGAACAUUUUGAGUAGUAAGUCUGCAAGUUUAUCUUGUACUAUAGGUUGUAAAACUACAGACGCGAACGACAAUGUUUGGGAAAGUGAUGUACUUAAAUACUCAGAAAACAAAGACUGUAGUACUAGUAGACAAGGUUAUUGGUGUACAGUGUGUUCAAAAUCCUUCAAUGCCCCUUCCAAACUCAGGCGACACCUUCUGAUCCACACAGGGCAAAGACCUUUCAAGUGCCUAGUAUGUUUUAAAGCUUUCACACAGAGAUCCCACUUAAAGGUUCAUAGAUGUAGAAGGCAAAGCAAAGGAGCAGGUAAAUCUACCUUAAGUGAGGUUCAGCUGUUGGAGAAAUUGGACAAACAUAGCCCAACUCCCAAUGUUCUCGAGAUUACAGAUGAUCCUGUAAAUAGUCAACAGCCUACAACAUGUAAUAACACAGUGACAGACAGCACAGAUAGCUUUAUACCCUCAAACAACAUCUUGAAAUCAUCAUCAGUGUAUAUCGAAGACAAUAGCCAGCUCACUUCUCUUCCAAAUGCAAACAUACCCAGUGAAAGCAUGACCAAUUCUACCUUUGAAGGCGUCACGGACACGACAAACCAAACCAAAGAGUGUGGACAUCAGUGCACAAUAUGCUUGAAAAUCUUCGACUUCCCAUCCAAACUCUCCAGGCAUCUGCUGAUUCACAUGGACAUCAGGCCUUUCACGUGUGCUGUGUGCAGUAAGUCUUUCAGACAACUCAGCCAUUUGCAGAGCCAUGAGAAGGUUCAUACACUGAAAAGAAAAAUGAUGUAUAAAGGGAGUCACAAACGCAGGAUUGUUGCACCAAAGACUGCACCUGCUUCUGAGACAUCAAAGACUUUUGAGGCAUCUAAGAUUUCUUUAAAUAAGAAGAAUACCAGCAAUCAAGACUCUGAAAACAUUCCAUCGCUGCAGAAACCAGACCCUGACUGUGUUUUGGUUGAAAGCAAUGAAAAUCCAGAAAGCCUGCAAAUGAAUACAUUUAAUAAUGUAUCUCCACCCUCUUGUUCCUGGUCUGCAGAAGAGUUAUCAUCUGUGAAAAGCACAACAGAUGCAGACUGCACCAACCUCCAAAAUGAAGCCAUGCCUGGAAAUGUGUUAGCUAAUAAUGCUUCCCCCCUUAAGAAGCGAAACCCAAAUCAGUGCACCUUCUGUCUGAAGACCUUUGAUUUCCCAUCAAAGCUUUCCCGACACCUGCGGAUCCAUACAGGCCUCAGACCUUACGAGUGUCAUGUCUGUCACAAGUCAUUCAAGCAACUAAGUCAUCUGCAGUGUCACCAAUGGGUCCACAACAGAGCCUGCAAAAAAGUUAUAGUCUCGGACAAUCUGCUGACACAUCAGGAGCCAACCUCACCUGGUUGGGGAACCAUGUCAGGAAAAGAACCUCAUCAAGAGAGACCUGAAGGAUUUACCCUGGUACACCAUGGGCAGAAUGCUUACACAGACCAAGAACCCCCUGUGAUCUGGAAUCCUGGAGAAUAUGUAAGUGCUGAAUGCAGUUCUUCCAGUUCAGAUCAUAAAGAGAGUAAGGUCAAGUCUGAAGUUGACCCACAGGUGGACAGGCUAAAGCUUGAAACGGGUACCUCUGUAAUCGGUGCUGAUGGGGUAUCCAGAAGACUGGAUUGGUAUUGUCCAGAUCAAGUGGAGCUGAGCAAAACAAGUGACCUCAGUCAAUCUGAGGAAAGACCAGAGACCAAGAAUACUCAGGACAUCCACUAUUGUGUUCCUGAGGACUGUUCCAACAGAUCUCCAACUGUGUCGGAUUGUUGUAGGCUUGGCUUCAGUUAUGAACAGCAGGAACCCACAGUGUUCAGAGGGCCUAAGAACGAAGCUGCUGAGGAAGACUACGAGACAAACUUCACCGAACCCCCAAAUGACCUUCCUAUAUGCCCGGCCUGCAGCCAGUGCUUUCCUACAUUAAAGAAACUGCAUGCGCACAAAUGCCCACUGCAGGCUCCUGAAGAUAGACUGCGGAAGUCCUAUCAGUGUGCUGUUUGCUUCAAGAGCUUUGAAGCUCCAUCUAAGCUGAAAAGACACUACUUGAUCCACACAGGCCAGAGACCUUACCAGUGCACAAUGUGUAACAAAGCGUAUACUCAGUCAGCUCAUCUAAAAACACACAUGUUCUCCCAUAGAUAGACACUAAAUCCAACACUCUGCAGUACAAGCCUGCUGUUCUUUGGGCUGUGUGCAUGGGCAGUUUAGUGGAUCUGGGCUAUGGAUUAUGUACAGAAUAUUAUGGGAACUAUGGGACAACAGGAACAGUUAUUGUACAGUUUUAUGUCUGAAUGAUCUGUUAACCUAUUAAAAUUGACUGAUUCAUUGUUUUUUUUGUUCGGUUUGUAAAGGAAUAAUUAACAUAUUAUAAACAUGUUACAUGUUGCUGUUGAACAAACAAUGUUGCCUUUUUUACUUAAUAUAAUGUAAUCUAACUUUUUAAUUUACUGUAAAGACUGUAAAUAGACUUUUUUUAUUUUUCCCUGCUUUUGGAGGUACCUUUUCACAGACAUUAGCUCCCACCACUAAUCAAUCCUUCCCGAUCCACCUAAUUACUGCCACCAGGAGAGCCUGAUCAUUUGAAUGGAGUAUUUUUAGAUGUGGGAUAAAAAUGUAAAACCUGCAGGACACUAUGGGUGUGUCCCAAUUGCAUACUAAUCACUACCUGUUUUGAAGUAUGUAAAGUAGAUAAGUGUACGAGUCCAUUGUUUUUUGAGAGUGGAAAAAAUUGUCACUAUUAUCCCACAAUGCAAUGCUUAAUGAAAAGGGAAGAGCUACUUAUAUUCGAAGCAAUAUGAGAAAAAAAGGGUGGAUAACAAUGUAAGUGCAGCAACAGCAACUGGAGAACUUGCAGUGAUGUGUUGGUAUUGCUUCAUCUUAAUAUAAAAUGGUUUAUUACAUUAAUAUUUGCUGUAAAAACCUACCAAUCUCACACAAUGUAAAUUAAUAUUUAAUAUAUAUAUGAUAAAAGAGCUGGGCAUUAUAUUUUCCAUAUCCAGGCCUUCACAUAUACACCACAGAAAUUUAACUGAACUUUACUGCACUUGUUAAGGUCCAAACCAGACUACAGUUCUCUGACUGAACAAGAAAAAAGUACUGAAUAAAAUUAAAUGGGGUAAUUAAACUACAUUUAAAUAGCAAUAUUACUUUGAAUAAAUUGAAAUGAAUGCUGUUUUACUUCAAAUACAUGAACAUUUUGUUCAAUUGUCAGUUGUUUAUGUGAAUGUUGAUUAAAUAUUGAAAAACUUUUUUAACAUGUCUGCUUCACAUUUUUAUUGCAGUUGUAACAUAUAUCCUUACAAGUAAAAUUUUAUAAAAACCAUCAAAAACUAAUACUCAUUUUUUUAAAGGGAUAAUACAAUUAACAUUGAGCCCAGCCCUCUAAAACAGUCACAGUAUUUAAUAUGCCCCUUUGGGAAAAUUAACUGCCCACCCCUGCCUAUACCUAUAGUAUUAAUGUGUAGUAAGCACUGGGAUGCAGCCUAGCUCUCUAGUAGCUGGGUGGGAGACCUCUGUUCUGUAGAGUUGCUUUUUUGAGGUACAAUUUAAUUUUUUUGUUUGUGGAGAUUGUAUAUAUGAAAAAUGAGAGGAAAAAUUGUUAACAGUAAAUACUAAGCUUCAAAUAAGGUGGGGAAAAAAGAGCUGGACAUUUAUUUAUGUACUUCCAUUUAUAGGCACUAGAUGGCAUCAGUUGUCUGUCUUGUAACCAGGAAUUUGCUUUUGCUUGCCAAUAAUAGGUGUUCAAUGUUAAGAUUCAGAGGUGAUGGAUUGAUGGAUACAUACGUGGAUCAAGUUAUUAUUUUAAUAUUUAUUUAU